AUGGGAUAUUAUAUAGUAGCUUUUGUCUUUUUUGUUUUUCGUUUAUGCAGAUAUUUAUAUGGUAUUUGGCAAAAUUUAUAUUAUUCAGAUUAUAUAAAGUUUAGAUCACAUUAUGUUGAUAUGAAAUUAAAAAAAUACAUUUCAAUUUAUUUAGUAUUUUUGGCUGCUUCAUGUAUAUUCUCUUAUUCUUUUACUAGGAUUUUAAUUUUGCAAAGAAAUCAAUUAAAUAUUUCAACACCAUUAAAAUCAAAUAUAGAUCAAUUAAAUUCAAUUUCGCCAAUCCAUCACAAUUUACAACCAUUGGAUGUUUUUAAUUCAUCAGCAUCAGCAUCAUCACUAUCAAAAACAUUGUCUGCCCCCUCAUCAUUAUCAAAAGCAUUGUAUGCACCCUCAUCAUCGUCAUCAUUAUCAUCAUUGUCUUUGUCAUCAUCAGCAUCAUCAUCACCUUCUUCAGUAUCAGAAUCAUCAUCAUCACCAUCACCAUCAGAAGCAGCAGCAUCAUCAUUGUUUGACCCGCAUCAGGAGAAGCGAGCAUCAUCAUCAGUAUCAGCAUCAUCGUCAUCAGCACCACCAUCAUUGGCAUCAUCAGCAUCAUCGUCAUCAGAAUCUACAGCAUAA